AUGGGAAACUCACAGUCAAAUAGCUCAUACAAUAAGCACUGUUCCGGCCUCAGAGCAGUGCCACUUCAACAACAAGGGGUUCCUAAAUACCACCCAUCACUAAUUGUUCAGGACCAUAAAGACGACGUGUCAAGAGUCAAAUCUUGUGGCUGCUCGGGUCCAUAUUGUGUCAAAAAUGUUCAGUGGAUUCCUCGAGCGAAGUAG